CUGAGCCCCAGGCUGGGGCGAGGCGUUUGCACCCAGAGCCGGGGAGGGGGGAGGGGCCGGGCACAAGGUUCGCUCGGUCCCGCCCUGGAGCUGCCCAUAAAGCCCCUCCCGACCCGGCCCCGCCGCGACUCGGGCUGCGGAGCAGGAUGGAUUGUAACCGGGUGGCGGCAUUUGGGUCGGACCCCAAGAAACAGGCGGGGAAGAAAGAGGGGCACCCCAAGCACAAGGACGGGCACGGAUCCUCCUCGGACUCCAGCAGCAGCUCCAGUGAGAGCGAUGGGGAGCACCACGGCAAGCCCCAGGGCCCAGGCCACGCGCACAAGGAGAAGAAGAAGAAGAAGAAGCUGAACAAGGAGAAGAAGCCGAAGGAGAAGUCUAAGGAGAAGAAGAGCCCCUGAUGCCAGCACCAGGCCAGGCUACCUCUCACCCAGACUCCACCCCUGGAUUUGGGCAGAGACCCGACACCAGACCCAGUGGCUCAGCCUGGCACCCACAGCCGUUGGCUGGUAUCUUGGGACCUGCCCUUUGGAGCCUGCAUUGAAAUAAACAAGCUCUGACCC